AUGUCCGCGUCAACUCCAACCGUCAACGGCACCAACGAGCCAAUCUCCAUCGCCAUCAUCGGCGCCGGCAUAAUCGGUACCGUGCUCGCGCUGGGCCUCACAAGACGCAAAGAUGCCUUUCCCCUGCCGGUCAAUGUAAGAGUCUACGAGCAAUCCGCAACGUUGCGUGCUCCUGGCGCCGGAAUCGCAUUUACUGCCAAUGCGCGCAAAUGUCUCGCCCUGAUUGACCCAGUGCUGGAGGAGUGUGCGACUGCCGUUGGAACCGCCAACGGUGAGGAUCCGGAACGGCCAAACAACUAUAUGCAAUUUGUGGAUGGGUACACUCAUCGCCAAGAAGAUGUCGAAGUAGGACAAGACUUGGUGGGCAAGAAGGUGUACCGGCUGCAUGCUGGGAGAAGGGGCUUUGAGGGCUGUCAUCGGCAGGAGUUUCUGAGGGGUGUGCUGGAACACUUGAAUGAUGAUGUAGUCGUGCUGGGAAAGCGAUUGGAGGAGUAUAGUGUACUAGAGCAAGAGAAGGGGAAGAAAGGGAAAUUGCAGAUGAUGUUCAGUGAUGGUUCGAGUGCUGAAGCUGAUAUUGUGAUUGGCACUGACGGGCUAAAGUCCCGUGUACGCCAGCUCCUUUUCGGCGUAGACAAUCCCGUCUCAUAUCCCCAUUACACCCACAAAAUCGCCUAUCGGGCCCUGAUCCCCAUGCCGCUCGCCAUCUCGCGACUCGGCAAGUCCCUCGCGCUGAACCAACACAUGUACGGCGGGCCAAACGCACACCUCCUCACCUUCCCCGUUGCAAACCAGAAACUCAUGAAUGUGGUUGGAUUUGUGUCGGAUACCAACGAAUGGCCGCUCGAGAGGAGCAUGACGCAGCCGGCGCGUAAGGACGAGAUUGUCGAUGCGUUUAGAUGCUGGGGACCAACGGUGAGAGAAAUUAUUGAUCUCCUUGGAGAAGUUGACAGCGAGUGGCUUGAUAAAUGGGCAGUCUUUGACCAUUUCGAUCACCCGGCUCCUUACUAUGCUUCUGUUGUUUCAGGAAAAGACAAAGGCAAAGGGUUGGUGUGUGUAGCUGGUGACGCGGCCCAUGCGAGUUCGCCGCACCAUGGCGCAGGAGCAGGGAUUGGCGUUGAGGAUGCGCUUGCACUCAUUACAGUGAUCGAGAAAGCUAUUAGAGAUAUUCAUUCUGAGCAAAGGACGAAAGACGAUGCGUUGACGGCGGCGCUGAAGGCGUACUCGGAUGUACGGUAUGAGCGGAGCCAGUGGCUUGUCAGGAGUAGUCGCGAGGUUUGUGGAACGUACGAGUGGUCUAACCCAGAGAUUGGGGGCGACUUGGAGAAGGGAUUUGAGGAUGUCAAGGAGAGGUCCCAUCGGAUCUGGGAUUUUGAUAUUGACGGAAUGCUAACGGAUUUGGGGAGUAUAUAUCAGAGCUGCUAG